GGCGGUGGUGAACUGCGGAAACCUUGAACGACCGGUGGCCUUGGCGCGAGCGAGCGCGGUUUUUAUUCCGUUUCUCUCGCCACGUUUGUCCCUCUCACGUUCUGUCUCUCUCGCGCGCGCGCUCGUUCCGUUUGCCUGCCAGCCCGGUCACCGCCCGCCCGCCAUACCCGUCCCGUCCCGGCAGUACGCGCGCAUAUAAAUGUUCUUUGUUCGGCCGCUCACGGUUUCUAGAGAUGAGGUUGGCAAUGCCGGUUACCGGUAGCUAAACCAUGGUCGGAGGGGCCGGCCGCGCCAUUGGGUUUUUACGAAACGGGCGGUGGGGGUAACAUCCGCUGUCGCCGUCGUCGUCGUCGUCGUCGUUCGGCUAGUGGCGGGCAACACGCAGGUCUGCCUCGUUAUUUUUUUCUCCUUCUCUCCGCCUUUUCCACCGCAGUUUUAACCGUCGGCCGCGCGUAUACAGUGAGAUAUUAUAUACUACACACACGCGUCCGUCGUUCCCUUUGUUUUUUUUUUCCGCACAUAACUCGCGUGGUGCACACACAUAUAUACAUUCGAUUUCGCCCCGCUACGCACUCGGCGGCACACCACAUACGUACGUACGCGAGCCGACCGAAUAUAUACAUACAUACACACGCACACGCCGAACACGUAACGUGUGCGCCGCGUUCGUAACAAUAUAAUAUAUACACAUAAUUUGACUACUGACACCCGCCGCGUAUCAAACACACGUCUCGACCACAGUGCCCAGUGUUCGCGCGUUUGUGCGUCACGUCUGGUGUCCGAUCGUGUACAGUGUUCCGUGUGAAAAAAACCCGCACCAUUCGCAGUCCGGCGGCAUGUCCGAGAACCGCGCGGGCAACAAUGUCGGCUGGGGCAACCGGGACGACCACGCGGCAGCCGCGGCCAAUCUGUGGUGGGGCAACAGCCAGGAACAGCAGCAGCAGCAACAGCACAUGCAACAGCAGCAGCAGCAGCAACAGCAACAGCAGCAGCAGCAGCAGCACUUGCUGAACCAACAUCAUCAGCAGCAACUGGCCGCCGUGGCGGCAGCCGCGCAGCAGCAGCAGCAGCAAGCGGCUGCCGCGGUGUCCGCGGCCCAGCAGUUCUAUAAGAUGGCGUCGUCGUUUAGCCACCAGCAGCACCAGCAGCUGCAGCAGCAACAGCAACAGCAGCUGAACAACACCGGCGGCGUGUCGACCAGCAACAGCAACAGCAACGUCUCGACGACGGUCACGAGCAGCUCCAGGAACCCGAUGGGCAACUACGCGGACAGCUACGGGAUCGCCGCUGCCGCCGCGGCCCAAUGGUGGUCGUACCCAGGAGCCAUGGACAAUAACAUUCAAAACGUGCACAACGUACCGUCGCCAAACUCGAUCAUGAACCGAGGGAAAAUGCCUAGAGGCAAAGGGACAGAUGCGAAACCCAGAGGUCGUAUGACUGCGUACGCGUUUUUCGUACAAACGUGUCGCGAAGAGCAUAAAAAGAAACACCCCGACGAGAAUGUAAUUUUCGCGGAGUUCUCGAAGAAAUGCGCCGAAAGGUGGAAGACAAUGAAUGAAAAGGAAAAGAAAAGAUUUCACGAGAUGGCUGAUAAGGACAAGUUAAGAUAUGAUACUGAAAUGCAAAGCUAUAUUCCACCCAAGGGUGAAAAAGUGCGUGGAAAGAAGAGGAAGCAAAUCAAAGAUCCUAAUGCACCAAAACGCUCCUUGUCUGCUUUCUUCUGGUUCUGUAAUGAUGAACGUGGAAAAGUUAAGGCUGUGAACCCAGAGUAUGGUGUUGGUGAUGUAGCCAAAGAAUUGGGUAAAAAAUGGUCUGAUGCUGAUAUUACAGUGAAACAGAAGUAUGAAGCUAUGGCAGAAAAAGAUAAAGCCAGAUACGAAAGGGAAAUGACCGAGUACAAAAACAAGGGCAAGCCUACCUUGUUACAACAACAACAACAACAUCAAAUGUUGGUUCAACAACAACAACAAAUACUUGCACAACAACAGCAACAACAACAAAUGAUGGCAGUAAAAGAUGAAAGUGACGAAGAUGAUGAUGAUGAAGACGAUGACGAGUGAUCUCUUUCAGAUUCACAUCAGAAUCUUUUUUUUUCUUUUCGUACCUCGAAAAUAUUAAUUUUAAAAUUUGUAAAUACAAAUAAGUUAAUUUUUAAGUUAUAGAUUAAAAAGUAAUUUUGUACAGAAAAACUGUAGAAAAUUGGUUUUGUCUCAACAAAAAAAAAAUAAUAAUAAUAAAUAUUGGAUUCAAAUUUUUAAUUUUUA